AUGCCGCCCUUCGUCCCCCGCAAGCGCAUCUCCUCCGCGGACCCGCCCCCAGCCAAGCGCCAGGCCCAGGCCGAACCGCCAGCGCCAGUUCCCAUAAUCGAUGGUUCCGACUCCUCCUCUUCAUCAUCGUCGCUGAGUGAUGCCCCCGAGAGCGAUAUUGAGACACCGCAGGGACUUCGUGCACCUGAAUCAGACGACGAUGAAGAGGAGGAUGUCGACUGGGAGGAUGCAAUCGACACCAAUACUACCAACGCCACGACGCCAAUCGUCGCGGGGCCCCAGCCUGAGCUGCAAGAUUUGGAGCUCACCCUGGACAAGAACGAACAUCAUGUAACAGACCUCUUGGAUGGCAAGAAAGGGCCCAGCAAGAUUGAACGCCAGAUCCGCAUUCAGUCUCAUUGCAUGCACGUUCAGUGCCUGCUCUUCCAUAAUGCUAUUCGCAACGCCUGGGUCAACGACAAGAAAGUCCACGAGAUAUUACGCAAUAAGCUGCCCGAGGGCAUCCAUAAAGAAGUCAAGAAAUGGCGAAUCGCAUCGGGGUUGGAGCUCCCCGAACCAAAACCGCAGCCGCCCAAGAGCAAGAAGAAAGGGAAGCAGGCACGCAAGGAUAAGGAUUGGAGUGCGGAUACCCAGCGUUUGGAGCCGGGGCAGCCAGAUAUGAGCCGAGGUGAUCCUUUGAUCGGCCUGCUGAAGAUUCUGGUGGCAUAUUGGAGGAAGCAGUUUCGCAUUACCGCGCCUGGGCUGCGCAAACAUGGGUAUCGCCCAAUCGCCUCGUUGGAGGCGGUCAUUAAUGAUUUUCGAAACGAGGAGCAUGACCCAGUGCGGCAUGGAGAGCGCAUCGCUAGUAGGGAUGAGUUUCGAUCCGCGGCUGAACGCAUGCAGGGCUCUCGAGAUGUAGGCACGCAGCUCUUCACGGCUCUCAUUAGAGCUUUGGAUAUUGAGGCCAGGCUUGUGGCUAGUCUACAGCCGUUAGGAUUUGGAUGGACUAAAGCGGAAACCUAUACACCGUCCAAGACGGAGACCGAGCCAGAACGUGCGGGCUCAGAAAACGAGUCUGAAGGGUCCGAAGAAGAUACAACUCCAGAGGAGCUAUCGAAAUCGAAGAAAGGUAAACCCCAGUUUGACAAGGAUAUGCCAUUCCCUAUCUACUGGACCGAGGUUGCCUCCCCAAUCACUCAUGAAAUUAUUCCGGUCGACCCUCUGAUUCUGUCGAAUCCUGUGGCAACGACACCCGAGUUACAAGCCGCUUUUGAACCGCGCGGUGCCAAGGCCGAUCGCACCAAGCAGGUGAUUUGCUAUGUCGUCGCCUACUCAGCCGAUGGCACAGCCAAAGACGUGACAACCCGAUACCUCAAGAGACGAACUUGGCCUGGAAAAACCAAGGGUCUACGCAUGCCGGUGGAGAAGAUCCCGCUACCAGGUCAUCGCCGAGGCCAAUACUUCGAGUUCGACUGGUUCAGGGUCAUCAUGCGUCCAUAUAUGAGAGGCCCGAACCAGCGGACCAAGGUUGACGAACACGAAGAUGCAAACGAUCUUCAACGAAAACAACCCGAAAAGAAGAAGACAGCCCAGACAACGGAUACUCUCCAAAGUCUCCGCCAAUCCACUGAGUUCGUGCUGGAACGGUUUCUCCGCCGCGAGGAAGCCCUCAUUCCCGGCGCACAAUCCGUCCGCAUCUUCACCUCCGGUAAAGGCGACAAAGCCAAGCAGGAGCCUGUAUUCCGUCGGGCGGACGUCGUCAAAUGCAUGUCGGCAGAGAGCUGGCACAAAGAAGGGCGGCAGAUCCUACCAGGCGCAGUGCCCCUAAAACGAGUCCCGAUUCGAUCCGUCACCCUCCGACGCAAGCGCGAGGUAGAUGAGUUACAGCGCGAGACAGGCGAAAAGCCCAUGCAGGGACUCUACGCUCGCGAUCAAACGGAAUUCAUCAUCCCCCCACCCAUCGUCGACGGGAUCAUCCCGAAAAACGACUACGGAAACAUCGACUGCUUCGUACCGAGUAUGAUCCCCCGCGGCGCCGCACACGUCCCACUACCGGGCACAGUACGCCUGUGCAAGAAACUCGGCAUCGAUCACGCCGAGGCCGUCACCGGCUUCGAAUUUGGCUCGAAGAUGGCAGUACCCGUAAUCCAGGGCGUGGUUAUUGCCGCCGAGAACGAAGAUUUACUUCGCGAUGCAUGGCGUAUCGAUGCCGAGGAAAAGCGGAAACGCGAAGAACUCAAAGCCGAGAAACGUAUUUUGCAGACGUGGCGGAAGUUUCUGUUCGGGUUGCGCAUUAUGGAGCGUGUGCAGGAGGAGUAUGGUGCGUUUGAUAACCCGGGGGAUCGCGAGAGGGAUGAAUGUAAUCCCUUUGCGGCGAGGAAGAAGAAGGGCUCAGGUCAGCAUGAGGAGCAUGAUUCCGAGGCUGCGGUUGAAUUUGCGGAUGAGCAUCACCACUUUGAGGAGUCUUCCCAUAAUGUCCUUGAUCACGGUGGAGGCUUUUUGUUACCCGGUGAAGCUGACGCGGACGCGGAUGAUGGCUUGAUCGUGGAGCAACAUCACGAUACCCGCCGGCGCACAGAUCCUGCCAAUCUUUCCGGUGAUGGUUCAGCCGCUGAGGAAACGGGCGAUGAAUAUGAUCUUGACUCGGGAUCUGAGUAUGCGCCGGGUUGA